UGAUGGAUGUCUAAAAUAUUAAAAUAAGGAAAAGCCUUAAACAGGCCCGAUUACAAUUUCCGGUUUCUUUUUAUAAUUCUAUAUAAUUUAAAAAUAAAACACAAAUUAUAAUGGCAUAGGCUAUAUGUAAAACUUUCUCCUGUAAUUGUAUAGCUGCUUAUAUUUUCUGAUUUUUGUUACUCUGUUCUGAAUACCUUAAAAUUUAAUAGAUUUACUGCAACGCAAUUUUGUCUGAUAUGUGAAUUAUUUAACCUAUUAUUUUUUUAAUCCAUGCAGCAAACACUUUAAAAACAUCUUUAAAAAUUACUUUAUUGCAUUCCAGAUGCUUUUAAAGAACUUUUCACUAUAAAUUUUACGGGUAGCCUAGCUUGAAUGUAAAACAAUGUCAUGAAUUCGUUGUAUUCCAAUUUGUAAAAUAGCCUAAUUAAUAGGCUAACCCGAUCUCAUGAUAAAGGUGUGUAUAGCACGAUUUUCUGUUUUUAUUUGGCGUCAUAUUUAUGACUUAAAUUGACUUUGUUGUGCAAAAGACAGAUAAAUUCAUAAUUAAUGGCAUGGCUGGUUCAGUCGACAGAGAUACGGGACACAUAUAGCUACUAACUGCUGAAAUGCGUACAGCCCACAGUCUAUGGUACAGCCAUACACCUGCAGGCGCCACUGCACACGCACACACACACACACAUUAAACACAAACAUACAACCACAGCAGUUUUUGUUUAAUGACCAAAGUACAAAAUGCAUCUGACUUCCAGUUACCUUAACCUUUGUUAUCCCAUAAAAAAAACUCACCACAUAAACCAGGGAUUUUGUGGAAGACACUGAGGAAAGUCAGUGAAUCAACAAAAAGCAUGAAGUUCGAAGAUCUAAUUAUGGAGAUCAAUGGCUUUGGCAGGUUCCAGAAGAUGAUGCUUUGCAUCAGUUUUGUAGGACGAUUCACUAUACCGUGUCACCUUCUAUUAAGCAACUUUAUCGCUGCCAUCCCGUCUCACCACUGUGAUAUCAGUUCUCUGGAUGCAGAGGGAAUCUUUGGGAAUCUGAGUCGGGAGGAGAAACUGACUGUCAGUAUACCAACUCGAGAUGAUGGAACUCCUGCUUCUUGUCACAUGUUUUCUUAUCCUCAAUUUCAUCUGUUGACAAACUCCUCCAGCAGUACAGAACUUCCAGUAGUCCAGUGCCAGAAUGGAUGGGAGUAUGACAACAGCACGUUCAUCAGCACUCUUGCCACACAGUGGGAUCUGGUAUGUGAUAACAAAGGUAUGAAUAAAGCUGUGACCACCAUCUUCUUUGUUGGAGUGAUGUUUGGAGCAGCUUUUUUUGGAGGCAUGAGUGACAGAUUUGGCCGUAAACCAAUGCUACUGGUCUCCUAUAUAUCAGGAAUGGCUUUUACAUUGGCCAGCAUCUUUUCUUCCUCCUUCAUCAUGUUUGCAGUGUUGAGAUUCUUUAGUGGAUUCACAAUCACCGGCAUUGUUACGGUCACAACUGUGCUCAAUGUGGAGUGGGUGGACAUUCAGCACAGGAGGCUUGUAUGUAUAAUUGACAGCAUGGCAUGGGCUGUUGGGAGCACCUCAUUGUCUCUUUUUGCGUUCUGUAUCAGAGACUGGAGAUGGCUGACAGUGGCUGUCACGUCACCUUUACUGCUAUCCACAGUCCUCUGGUGGUGGGUUCCAGAGUCAGCUCGGUGGCUGAUAGCCAAUGGGAGGCCAGAAAAAGCUCAUUAUUAUCUUCAUAGAUGUGCUGUCAUGAACCGCAAGGAGGAAGUUAUCUCAAGAAUCAAGCCUGAGGCUCUCUCUAUAAUAGUUAAAGAUGAGGGAAAGAAAAAUUAUUCGUACCUGGACCUUGUAAGAACCCCUAAGAUGAGGAGAUUGGCUCUGCUCACAGGAACCAUAUGGUUUUGUGUUGCCACUAUAACCUAUGGUAUAAGCCUCAACAUCACAGGAUUUGGACUAAAUAUGUACCUCACUCAGUUUGUGUAUGGAGCCAUUGAGGUUCCAACUAAACUGAUGGUAUACUUCCUGCUGGAGAAGAUUGGCAGACGUAAAACUGAAGCAGGAGCUCAGCUUCUGGCUGGAAUCAGCCUCAUGAUUAACAUAUUCAUACCCAAAGAUCAGUGGGUUGGUCGUACUGUGGUGGCAGUACUAGGUAAAGGUUUCGCAAUUGCUGCUUUUUGUACAAUUUUAUUAUACACCUCGGAGCUUUACCCAACCGUCCUCAGACAAAAUGGGAUGGGCUAUAACUCGUUCCUGGGCCGUCUGGGUGUGUCUGUGGCUCCUCUAGUUCUGCUUUUGGACAGUUUUUGGGGCCACUUCUCUCAGACGAUCCUGUGUUCUGUGGCACUCAUUGCUUCUGUGGUGGCCUGGCAGUUACCUGAGACACGAGACCAGUGUCUGCCUGAGACUAUAGAGGAUGUCGAGGGUACUAGGAAAAAUCUCAUUAAAGAUCAUGACAAGCGGGAGGACGAGGAGAAAAUGACAACAAAUGAACCCACUGAGGACCACUGAGAUUGUGCGUACAUUAAAUUUAAUUAAAAUAGUUUAGUGUCACGAUCAGAUCCCAUGAGAGUAAAUGGGCACAAAAAACUUGAAAGAACAAUUCCAAAGUUCUUCUAAAAUAUGUUUUAUUAGUUCUACAAGGAUUUACAACUUUCUCCAGUGCCAUGUAAUAAUUACAGAUAUUUUCUAAGAAUAAAUGAAGGUGUGAAUGAA